AUGGGUUUCCUCACGGCCCUAGCAAAUACAGACGGCGAGUACCUCCUCUUUGGGGGUGCCGUUACCCUAGUGGUGGUGUUCACCACGCUUAUGUACCCCAGUGUCGUGGAUGAGCUCUGCUAUCGCCAGUUCCCUCUGGUGGGAAAGCAUCCAUGGGAGCUUUUCAAUGGCCCAGCCAGAGCACGCUGGGCGAAGUCGGCGGAAGAUCUCAUCAUCUACGGGUGUCAGCAGGGCUACAAAGUGUUUCAGGUAAUGACAGGAAUAACGGCCUUCUUGAUUCUAGACCCAUGCUUCGCGGAUGAGGUUAAGAACCAUCCGGAUCUCAGCUUCGUGGAGAAUGUGAAACAGGUGUUCUUCUCUGAUAAACCUGGAUUUCGAGGGUUUAGCGUUGUCUCUCACGAUAACCUAUUUAUGGAUGUCGUGCAGGGAAAGCUGACACAAGCGACAAAUAAGCAAGUUGGCGCCUUGUCCAAGAAAGCUGCUGAGGUGGUGGAGACACAGUUCCCUCCGUCAGACGAAUGGAUACCCUUUUACAUCAAUAGAAUGGGAACACCGACGGUUGCCAUGUUGGCCGCCUUCACCUUUCUCGGUGACCGCAUCUCCCGUUCCGGGGAAUGGUUGAACGUUGUCAUCAACUACACUGUCGAUGCUCACGCCGCGGUCCAAGUGCUUAGAUUCUGGCCAUCAUUCCUGCGUCCCCUGGCAUUACGCUUUCAUCCGGCUCCGCAGAAACCCAAGAAACAUAUGGAGAAUGCACGCCGGAUCAUUUUCCGUGAACUCGAAGACCGGAAGAAGGACCCGAAGUAUAGUCCCGAAUCAGGUUUCGAGGAUACGCUAGAUUGGUUCCGCGAUGCUUCUGCUGGAAGGGAGUGGGAUGUUCCAACUAUUGAGGUCGGACUGUCCUUGGUGUCAACACAUACGACUGGCCAGCUAUUCGUCAACACGAUGAUGGACCUGGCCGCGUAUCCAGAAUACCAAGAGGCGCUGCGUGAGGAGGUUAUAGCGGUGCUUAAGGAAGACGGAUGCUUGAAACAGUCUGGCUUGGCCAAAUUAAAGCUGAUGGAUAGUGUGAUCAAGGAGACACAACGGUUGAAUCCGGGCGAAGUUGCCUCCAUGCAUCGCGUUGCCACAAAGAACAUCAAACUAUCCGAUGGCACUAUCAUUCCAAAGGGUGCCAAUCUGAUGGUCUCCUCGCAUCGGAGGAAAGACCCGGCGUACUACGAGAACCCGGAGGAGUACGAUGGCUAUCGAUACUUGAGAAUGCGCCAGCAGCAGGGCGAGGAAUCGCGGCACCAGCUGACUACCACGAGUCCGGAGAAUCUGGGCUUUGGGCAUGGGAUCCACGCCUGUCCUGGACGAUUUAUCGCAGGGACCCUCAUCAAGAUUUUCCUCUCACAUCUACUCCUCAAGUAUGACUGGAAGUUGCCGGAAGGAGAAAAGCGGCCACCGUCGAUCCCUAUGGGCCCUGACUUGCUUUUGGAUAAGUCGGUUCAAAUUGAGAUGAAAUCACGAGAGUGUGAUGCUGAGUUGAUUAAGCUUCUUGUUGCUUAG